GAUAACAGCACCCUCCUGAGCUUCAAGGAGGGUGACCUCAUCACGCUGCUGGUGCCGGAGGCCAGGGAUGGCUGGCAUUACGGAGAGAGCGAGAAAACAAAAAUCCUGGGGUGGGGUGGUGCUGCCGCCGUCUGUUUUACGCCUCUGCUUUGGGUCCCCCCGCCCAGCCUGCAGCAAGGGAAGAGCAGCAGCACUGGCAACCUGCUGGACAAAGACGACAUCGCCAUCCCACCGCCCGACUACGGCAUGGCCUCCCAAGCCUUCCCAGCACAAGGCAUCAACACCUUCAAGCAGAGGCCGUACAGCGUGGCCGUGCCCGCCUUCUCCCAGGGUCUCGACGACUACGGGACGAGAUCCGUCAGCAG